AUGUGCAGCAAGGAACAGAUAAACCACGUGCUGAGCAAGAUCAAUGUGGGUCUACCGUCGUGGUCGCGCGGGCUGGAGGUGGCAGAGGCUGCGCGCACGCGCCUCGUGCGCUGGGCGUGCGGCGAGCCCCCGGCUGAGCCUGAGCCGCCGCGCAAAAAGAUGCCGCAUGCACUUCGACGAAGGUGGCCGUUGUGCCCCUGUUUACAGAAUGACGAGCCUCCAGAGAUCACGUACUGUGUGGUUGGGGGCGAAGGCGGGUUGGCCCUACAGGCAGUCACCCCCACACAUCCAAUGCCACCAGAAGAUGAACUCGACGCCAAGUUUGCGGAACUCGUGGAGGAGCUGGACUUGACAGCAGUGAACAAAGCCGCGAUGAUGGCGCUCCCUGCAGCCAAGAAGUGGCAGAUCUAUUGCAGUCGGCGACCACCACCAGGACAGCCACCACCGCUCGCCACCGCGCCACAGCUUGAGGAGUACAUCAAGGCUCUCAAUGAGAUUGCUGAUGCCUUUGCCUCACAAGAUGGAGUGCCACCAGCAGAAGCGUGUGCUCUGGUAGACGGUCUCAAAACAGCAUUACGAACAAGAGCCCACAGUUUUGUACUCCGGUUCAUCAAGCAAGGAGGUCUAGGUUCCCUGCUAGAUGCCCUGCAGAAGGCACCUAGGGACGAUGCCUUGACCAGGCAUAAUCUCAUAGCGGCUAUCAAAGCGCUCAUGAAUAACUCGACCGGGCGCGCGCAUGUCCUGGCCCAUCCCACGAGCAUCGAUCUGAUCGCACAGUCCUUAGACACUGAGAAUGUAAAGACCAAGGUCGCUGCACUUGAGAUAUUGGGGGCUGUCUGUCUUGUACCAGGAGGACAUAAGAAGGUGCUAGAAGCGAUGGUCCAUUACCAAAAGUAUGCUGGCGAACGAGCUCGUUUCCAAAGCAUAAUGAACGAGCUGGACAGAAGUACUGGAGCCUACCGCGAUGACCUUGGUCUGAAGACUGCCAUUAUGUCCUUCGUGAACGCUGUCCUGAACUAUGGACCUGGAGAGGAGAGUUUGGAGUUCAGGCUGCAUCUUAGAUACGAACUCCUCAUGUUGGGGAUACAACCAGUAAUCGAAAAACUCCGUAAAUACGAAAACGAGACUCUGGACCGUCACAUCGAGUUCUUCGAGAUGGUUCGGAACGAGGACGAGCGGGAGCUGGCGCGGCGGUUCGACAAGGAGCACGUGGACACGAAGAGUGCCACCUCCAUGUUCGAGCUGCUGAGGAGGAAGCUCAGCCACACUGCCGCGUAUCCUCACCUACUGUCUAUGCUGGAACAUCUGCUGUUGCUGCCUUUGGAGUACAACCCUCAGUCGCAGCACUGGUUGCUGCUGGACCGCGUGGUGCAGCAGUUGAUCCUGCAGCAGCCCGCCGCCGGCAGCCGCGCCAACUCCGACCAGGGCAGCGAGCGGGGCAGCACGUCUGAUAACACUAAGAUCUACGACCCGGACGUAGCUCCGCUAGAGAUCAACGUGGGUGAGAUAGUGCACCUCCUAGCCAAGGAGGAGGAGCUGGUGGCAGCCAGGACGAAGGCGGAAAACUUGGAGAAGGAAAACGUUGAUCUCGCCACCGAACUCGCUAAGAAGGAGAAGCAACUGGACGAGCAGAGUCAGGAGCGAGAGGAACUCGAAGGAGUCGUCAGUCGGUUCAAGGAGCGCCUCGAGCGGGAGACGGCCGCCCACAUGGAGUGCAGCGAGCGCGCGCGCGCCGCCGCCGCCCGCAGCCAUCUACUGGAGCAACAGUUGAACCAGGAGAGAGCAGAACGCACCAGGUUUGAGAAACUAGUCAGUGAGGGAAGCAUACCUGAUGAUGCUAAGGUGAGCAACCUAAAGAGCGCAGUCAUCGAAACAUGUUCCAUACCACCCCCUCCUCCUCCCCCCGCACUAUGCCCUCCCCCACUCCCACCAGCGCCCCCAGCGCCCGCGCCCCCACCAGCCCCCAUGGCACCGAUGGCGCCCGCCAUAGCACCACCCCGCGCCAAGAAGAACGUGCCAACUCCUGGCAAUCCUCUGAAGAGCUUCAACUGGAGCAAGUUGCCUGAUACCAAGCUGCAUGGCACCAUCUGGCAGGAGCUUGAUGAUACUAAGCUCUACAACGCUAUGGACUUGCAUACCAUUGAUAAAAUGUUCUGCGCGUACCAGAAGAAUGGUGUUCAGAAUGAAGGAUCAGUAGAAGACCUGCGACAGUUGGGUUCGAAGCCGCGCACUAAGAUACUGACCGUGAUCGACGGCCGCCGCGCACAGAACUGUACCAUUCUACUGUCCAAACUGAAGAUGACUGAUGAGGAGAUUUGCCGUGCGAUCCUCCGCAUGGACAGCGGCGAGCAGUUACCGAUAGACAUGGUGGAGCAGUUGGUGAAGUUCACGCCGAGUCCCGAGGAGGCCGCGCUGCUGGAGGAACAUCAGGACGAGCUCGAGAACAUGGCACGAGCUGACCGGUUCCUUUACGAAAUCUCCAAGAUCCCGCACUACUCGCAGCGCGUGCGGCUGCUCCUGUUCAAGAAGAAGUUCAGCGCGGCGGCGGGCGAGGCCACGGCGCGCGCCGCCGUCGUGCUGCGCGCCGCGCGCGACAUGACGCGCUCGCGCCGACUGCGCGCGCUGCUCGAGGUCGUGCUCGCGCUCGGGAACUACAUGAACAGGGGUGCUCGAGGCAAUGCAUCAGGGUUCCGUCUGUCAUCCCUAAACAAGCUGGCGGACACCAAGUCCUCAGUGUCACGGAACACCACACUCCUGCAUUACCUUGUUGAACUACUUGAAACACAGUUCAAAGACAUCCUGCUGCUGGAGGAGGACGUGCCGCACGUGCGCGCGGCCGCCAAGGUGUGCGUGGAGCAGCUGGAGCGGGACGUGGCGGCCCUGCGCGCCGGCCUGCGCGACGUCGCGCGCGAGCUCGACUACCACGCCGCGCUGCCCGCGCGCGCGCCCCACGACAUGUUCCUGCCCGUCAUGCGGGACUUCCACGCGCACGCCGUCUGCUCCUUCACGCAGCUCGAGGAUCUGUUCCAGGAUAUGAAGAGUCGUCUCGAAGCGUGCGCGCACGCGUUCGGCGAGGAGCCGUCCGCGUCGCCCGAGCAACUGUUCGGCGCGCUCGACGUGUUCCUCACGCAGCUGGGCGACGCGCGCGCUGACUGCGACGCCGCGCGCCGCCGUCGGGACGACGAGGAGCGACGCACUAGACAUGAACAGGAGCUCAAGAAACGCACGAUGGAACGGAAGCAGGCUUCCAGUCUGCUGAGCUCUGUCGGCAAGUCUCUCGGCAAGUCCAACGGAAACGCGGACUGCAACGGACACUCCGACAGUUCCCGAGAUGGAACACUCACCAACGGACAGAAGGGAGAGUUCGAUGACCUCAUCUCCGCGCUGAGGACGGGAGAUGUCUUCGGAGACGAUGUCGCCAAGUUCAAGCGAUCCCGCAAGGCUUCCAAAGUCAGCCACAAAGGCAGGGACUCCCCCCCACGGGGCGUCUGCAGGGAGGACUCUAGAGAACGACAGAAGAAUUGA